AUGGCUUUUGCUGGUAACUUUAAAAAGUUUGUAUUUUGUGUGUGUGUGUGUGUGUUUGUGUGUGUAUAGGAAAUUGAACAUAAUAUCAUAACAAUUUGCAGCUUCCUUUGAGUAAAAUUCAUCCAUCAUUUUCAUCGACUCAAGCUUUACCAGCCAGAAUAACUUAAAUAAUCGUUAAGAAAGGUGAUUGUAGUCAUCUCUACAGUGGCUAUCUCAUAUGGAAUUUUCACAUACAUGCGUGGAUCUCCAAUUUCAACUAUCCAAUUCAACUCUUUAUGAUAUAUAUGGAUACUGAUGCACUUCAAUUAAAAAAUUAUCGUGUUAAUAUUAGUAUUAUUAUUGGUUUGCACACAUCAGUCAGGUACCUUUUUACUUGCUAGAGAAAAGAUUCUUCUUGAUUUCUGGAAGCAUAUCGCGUGCUUAUAAAUUUAUUGGCAAAAUUUUUGGUGGGUCAGCCAGAACUGUCAUCAAUGAAAAUUGAUUGACAGUGAAUCAUUUUUCAGCCAAUGGCAGUUACUUCAUCUGGGGAAAGCAGAGAUGGAAAGCAGAGAUGAAAAUCCUUCAGUGAUUGUUGCAAACUUUCCUUUUCCUCCAUCCCUUGUGGCUUUGCCUCUUGCUUACACAUUCUCUUGUGCAAAAUGGGGAGUCUACUUGCAGGCAAAAUAUUGACACCAUAAUUCACAGGAUCUAUGUCUGGGAUGCUUAAUGGGAAAGUUACGAGUGUUUUUACAGAUGUUUUCAUUGCCUUGUAAUUGAUUGAUAAGCAAAUUUGUCCAUCAGUCAUUGAAUACGUCUGUUUAUUCAUCCAUAUUCUUUAUUUUAGACUUUUUUCUCCUUGAUUUUGAGGAUUUGACUUAUUGGAGGUGAUUUUUGACUAGUAUAACUGGUUUUGUUGAGUCACUUGAAAAACUAAAUAAGUUGAUUUUAAAAUGAUACCCCCACUAUAAGUCUAGGGACGUUGCCCAUCAGAAAUUGUCUGACUUAAAUUUGCUCAUGUCCGACGAAUCUUAACUUUUAUCAGACAAUCAUUCUGCAGUUGAAUAAAAGAAAACAACAUUGGUGUAGAGUAAACAUACAGUGUGGUAGUUAUCUGCAAAUCUGGCAUCUACGUACCAUGUAUGAUUUUUGUUAAAAAAGCACAAUGUGGCCUUGAUUAAGUCCAAUCUCGUUCUCUUCCAACAAAAAUGGUGACUCGGCUGGACAUAAUUUAUGUCCUUUCAACAAAGAAAGAGUAUUUACAGCUCUGCUCUCAAAUAGAAAAAGAAGCUGUUCUAUUAAAGUGUAUUUAAUUUGAAGAAUCUGCUAAUUUUAGCUUUUACUUUUACCAAGUUAUUUCUCUUUUAUGAGGAAUUCUAAGAAAUAAGCAUAGUAUAAAUUGUGCCUCAUAAAGUGUCUUUGCCAGAAAGAGUUCAAUUUCAUAAUUUUUUAUUAUUAUUAUUUUUGGGUGAUUUUUACAGGAACUGGCAAAACAACAACGCUAGUUUUAUAUACAAAGGCAAAGCCAGACAAGCAUUUCCUUUAUGUGGCUUACAACAAGUAAGUACUAAUAAAUUAGAUUUUUGCACUUUUUACACAAUAGGCUGUUGAGAAGUGGUAUUUGACUAUAAUUUGCAGUGCUGUUGCAGCACAAAAAGAUCCUGCUGACACAAAAUUAUGGAGCAGCAAGGCAUAAUAUGCCAUCUUUGAUACACUAGCGUUGGACAAAAUUUCAUCUGAAGUGCCCAAACAAGGCACCAAGUGUGAAAACUAAGAAGAGAUGGUGCUGGUGAUAUGCCAACAGUCUGUACGUGUGCUACAUAUAUAUGUUGUAGUUUAAUAUUCCUGGUACAGAUAAAAAUAAACAUGAUGCAAAACAAGAUUGCUCACACUAGCUUUGCUCAGUCACAUUGUCACUCAGCAAUAUCAAUUUCCAUUCUUUGUUGUGGUGAAUGUGCAUAGCACACUGCCAAGAUGCAGGGUUUUCAAUAAGAACUCAGUUAGCUGGCGAAAUUUGCCGGCUAUAUUUAACGUGAACUCACUGCUUACUUUUCUUGGAAAUUACCUCAGUUUAAGUCGAGUAUUCAUGUGCAUCACUGAAUAAUAAUAAAAAAAAAUUAAUGAUGUUUGUGUUCUGUUCAAACAGUACUUGACUUGGAAACAAAACGGUUAUUUUCAAAUUGAUCUCUUAAUGGCAGUUGGUCACCAGAGAAGUGAUCGCUACGGAGUUGACUGUAUUUACGUGGCAAGAGUAUUACCCAAAAAGGAAACAGUGUCUGUUCAGGGUGCAAAGAAAGCAGCUUUACAGCCUGACACUACCCAAGCUGUACCUAGUAUGUACUAGCCCACAAGUCAUUUCAACUAGCCCCAAAACACUGUUUUACUAGAAGGAUUGAUUACAAUCCUUCUGUAAUUUGAAUUUCCCAAAAAACAACACUUGCCCAUCGGGCAAGUUAAGAACCAAAAUCACUAACCCAAUAGCAAAAUACACUAUAUAAUAAAUUAUAAAUAAAUAAAUGUCUUUAUUGUGCAUUAGAUACAAAUACACAUCCAAUGUUACAGGAUAAAAAUAUUAAAAGUUCAGCUAAAUUACAAUAGAAUAAAAAGAUUAAAAAAUGCGGGGAAACUAGUUACACUUGUCUGACGUUAAAUAUCAUAAAACAUUGUAUUUAAAAAUUAAUCUAUUUACAAAUGUGUUCUUAUAACAUUCGGUGUUUAUCUUGGGCCUUUGGAAGCUUUUACGUCUAAGAUUGUAGGUUAGAUUGUUAUUUUCUUGCGGUAAGCACACCUUCAGAGGGUGGUUAUCGUGCUGUUUAGCUUUUUGAAAAAUUGCUUUAUCUUGUUUUUUGUAGUAAUGUUCUAAUAUUUAACUGUGUAGAUAUAAAGCGUAACUUAUGGCAUGAUCGGUCUAAAAAUUGCCGAAGCACCAGCGCGCAAAGAAAGUAGUGUCUGAUAGCCCGGGGCUAGUGGAUUUUGCUAUCGGGCUACACUGAAGACAAAAAUUGAACGGGCUGCCCGUUGACUACAAAAACUCCUUCAGCUUAUUGUCUUCUUGACACUUCAGUUAAGACGAGCAGUUUUUGCUUUUGGGGCUAGUUGAAAUGACGUCUGGGCUAGUAAAUGCCAGCUUCAGCUUGCCUGAAUGGCAAGCUGUAAAAAUAAUUUUCUUUGCACCCUGAGCACAAUUUCUGCAACAGAGGCACCAUAAACAGAUAGUGCGGAGGUUAUGUUAGGGAGAACAAUACUAUAGAAGAGAUAAUCAAUUUCUGUCUGGCUUUAGCACUCUUUUCUACAUACUCGCACUACUACUACUACUACAAUACUACACUCUCUCGAUAUAUAGCCCCGGGCUAUCGGACAUGACUUUCUUUGCACGCUGCUGUUGUACUUUCCCUAAAUGUAGAGAUCGGUUAAGCAAAGGAAUCUAGCUGGCAACAUUCAUGGGACCACUACAUAAAUUUCGUAAAAAAAUGCGACCAUAUUUUUAUGCAGAAAUUUGACAUAUUAAUCAAAAACCAUACAAUCUGUAGGUAAAAAGGUGAAUUAAUUGAAAUAUUGAUGCAAAAUGUUACUUACAAAGUUUCAGCAGUUCUAGGCACUAUGAUGUGAAACAUUAUCACCAGUUGCCUUUUUGCCUAAAUGUUAGCUUGUAAGGAAAUAAUGUCAUUGGUUACAUCAAUCAGUUCAGUUUGAGCUUAUGUUCUUGACAUUUUUUCCCUUAGAGGACUACCUCCUGUAAGCAAUCGCUUUGUCAUGCACUGGUCAAGGGUGGUCACUUAUGAGGGAGUUGACUGUAUUUUAUUUCCUGUUUUUCAGGGCUGCACAAGAACAUGCAGAGCUACAUUUUCCAGACAAUGUUGAGUGUAAGACUCUCCAUUCCCUAGCCUAUGAAAAAGUAGGCUCACGGUUAGUACAUAAGGGUUUAAUUUUCCUUGUCUUUCUCUGCUUGCCUUAUCUGUUUGCUUUUGUGAGUUAUGUCUGUUAGUGUACCCUGACUCCAUUUUAUAUAAAAUAUCUUAGUCUUUGAGACACAGUACUAGGAAUAUUAUUUGUUUAGGGCGGCCAUGAUGUUAACUGUGAAGCUACAAACCAAACUGUUGUAAAUCAGGGAUGGUAACAUGAUUGAGUGCUUCGGUGAAGUGUUGAUUGUUUGCUUUCGCUCUGCCGAUUCUUGGGCGAAUGGCACUUCGGAGUUAGCAACGGGGCUCAACUUGUGUAAAAACAAGCUCUAGUUGUUGCCCUUAAACUCAUGACUGGAUCGGACACAAGGGGGUCUCAGUUGUAGACUCUACCUAACAUUAAUUAACUGGGCUGUCUCCUCAAGGAGGUACGCCCAGUUUACAAAAUGGGUCGAUUCUGAUUUCUCUGUCAAAAAAUGAACACAAUAAUUAAUCCACUAACCUAGAGGGUUAUCUUAUUAACCGGUAAUCCAGACGGUGUUGCCUGAUCCAUAAAGCAUGUUUGUCCACCUUGGCUGAGUCUGUGGAAAGAUUGAUUGUUUUCUGUUUAGUACAAUAGGGUUUGGUGACUGAGCAUUUUUUAGGUUACAGUUGCUCUCAACGUGGCUAGUGUGCUAGUGUGCUAUUGACCGUUUGAUUUAUUUAUAUGUUGUUUAAGUACUUGAUGGAAAAAACCUGUCAGUAAUCUUUAAACUUUCCGCGGUCGCGAAUAGUAAACGAACUUAUUCCCUUUCUAUUAGAUGGAAGAAAGAUAACCAUUUGAAAUAAAUGCUUAAUCCUAAUCAGUAAAAUGAAUGCUAACUAAAAUGCGUGUUUAUUUUACACCGUAUUUUACAAGGAGAGGUACAAAUAAAUGAGAACGAGUAAAGUGUUAAAAAUUUCUAACUAGUUUGAAAAAUUCAAACCAGUUUGAAAAAUUUAAACUGGUUUAAAAAAAUUCAAACCAAAGAUUAAAUUUGAACCACAACAUAGACACGUCCUAUUAUGAAGCAAUGCAUGAAACACAUACUUUCAUGCUUGCUUACUCAGCAUUUUAAAUGUAUGUUUAAACACUGUUCUACGCACCUUGUAACUUCAUCUGCGCUUAACGAGUGUCUUUUGGUCCAUAACUUUCAUAACAACUGCUCCACAGAAUGUCACUGAUAACACGUAACGCAAAAGAGUAUCGAAGUGUGACUGCACAAUUUAUGUCACAAAAUCUACCUAUUGUAAGCUGUUCCUUCGGGAUUUUUGUGUUUUACGUCAUCCUAACCAUUUCGUACUUGCGGACGCAAACAAUAGAAACGUCAUCAUUACCUACCGAUUCCUCGCGGCCCCUGUUCAAGCAAAUCGAGAUUUUUUCUAUAUUGACUGUAUGACUGUAUAUUUCAUCCGUAAGUACUUUCCUUAAUAUGCGCGCGAGUUACCAUGAUAAUACUGACAGCAGUUAAAAACUAGGCAAAGAAAAUUUGCAGACGUUUGACUGAUAUAUACUCCCGCUAUUGCGGACUCUCUGCAAAGGGAAUUGACUGUACUUGUAUUUUUUCGUUUCAUUACUUGACACUUUCUUGGAAAUCUAUAAUUACAUUUGACUCUCGAUAACUCGAACCCUCGCUAACUUGAACCUGGCGCUAACUUGAACCAAAAUCGAUUUUCCCUGGAUUUCCAUCAUACAUUUACUGUGAUUUUACCCGCGGUAACUUGAACCCUCGAUAACUCGAACCUUCCACUAACUCAAAGUAAUUUUUGUUUGCCCUCGGAUCUUUUCUAUAUAAUUUUACCCUCGAUAACUCGAACCAUGUUUUGAGCCCUUAAAAAGUCGGGAAAAAAACAGUGUACUGGCGUCCGAAACAUUGUAUUUUGAAGUCUCAUUGGGCCAUCCCCAUAAAAUGUUUCGUUUCCCAUCGCCCGACCGACCCAUUUUUUUGGAAAAGUAAAAAAAAAAAAAUUCCAGAAUCACUUGUAAAGAAGCAAGUACUUUAAUUUACAAGCACACGAUCUUGUCUUAUUAACACCAGUUGUCUUAAAUUAUCAUCGAUACUUCGUUUUUGUAGCCUAUUUAGACAUUUGGUAGUCCUGUUAAUAUACAUCUUUUAAUUAAUUUACCAUCUGAUUAUAUCUUGCAGACUAAACGUGAGAUUUAAUAUGCAAUCAUGUGUUGAUUUUUUUUUUUUUUUUUGCCCGACCGACCGACCCACCUUCACGAGAGGGAGGGCGCUGGGAAACGAAACAUUUUAUGGGGAUGGCCUUGACGUGUUGUAGUUUACAAGUGGAGCUGAUGUUGUUUGUCACAAAUCUAACGUGAAACAGCUUUACUUCUCAAAACAGUAAAACACAUGUUCUAUUUAGGCUAUGUUUUGUUGCGUUACGUUUUUUCUGAUUAAACGAACUGUAGUAUAUAUACUGUAACCGUCUUUGGUUUUGCAUCCCGAAGAAGGUUGUAAUAUUGCCAAAAAGUCGGUUUCAGAUCUUAUAACAGUGUCGAUUUUAUAAUGUUGAGAUAUUGAAAUGAACAUAAGCCAGUGGUGAAAGAAAUAGAUACUUUAGAUAGCUUGCCAUCGAGCUCAGUCUUCUGUUAAAGUUACUACAUAGUGCUUAACCCUAAUCCCUCAGAGUGCUUGACUGCUAGUCAGAAAAAUGAGUGAUUAACCCUUAUUAUCGAAAGUCAACGGAAACUGCACAAUUAAUUCAGUGUUCUCCUUUUAAGGCGGUAACCGGUAAAAUUUACCGCCUGAAGCAACACUUCUUCCCGCCUGCAACCGCUUGAAGGUUUACUAAAAUUAAAUAAGUUUUAAAAAAUACGCAAGUUGUGAUCCGAUCCAAUUAAGGAAAAGUGAAGAAAGAAAAAAUUAUGGAAAUGUGUUAAAGUAUACACAACUUUUCUUUUUAUUGGCCAUGCAUUUUUGAAAGAGAACAGUGAAUACAGAGUAAAAUUAUUGGGAUCAAAGAUAUCAACGCCCGUUUUUCAUAAAAGAGGGCUCCGAAAUGAGGGAAUGAUGUUUCAAAGAACUUAGCUCCUCCAAGGGUGAGGCCAUGUCUCUCACUCCACUAAGCUGCCCCCCCACCCCCGCCAGGAAAGUGCACCUCUGGGGCAUAUUUUUGGCCUUACCGGCCAUGAAUGGUCCCUUAGCUGCUGAGCUAAGAAGAACACAGAAGAGAACACUGGAGAACACUGAAUGAUGCAAAUAUUCCAGCAGAAAAACCUCACAUGCCCACCAGGAACUAAGCAGGAAAGGCUGUUAAUAACAGCCUUGAUGUAGUCAUGGGUGAAACAAACAGCGAACUUGAGUGAAUUUUCAACUCAUACAUAGUAUUACAGUAAAAAAUGUGUUAUCGUUCGUUUCAUCUAUUUACAUUGUUUAAAGUGUGCAUGCCGAUGAAAUCAACAUGCAAGCAAGAAAUCUUGGAAACUUUUUUAGACUGCAAAAUGCGAAGGAAUUAUUCUUAAGUUGAAGAAAAAUAACAAGAGAAAAAAAUGUAUGUAGACUGUAGACCACAAAUUAGGUUCGUCUAUUCAAAGCCUCAGUGCAAUCAACGAGGCCAAUGGAUCGGGAUCAUUUGGCUGUUUGUUUUAGUAAACUUCUCGUUUUCAUACAAUACAAUAUUUCUGUUCAAGUCUAGCUCGAUCUCUAUGGCAGCCCUAUGUAGUGGCUCUUUCGGCAAGUCUAGUUUUUAUCCUGGCAUUGUUUAUGAAUUGCAUGGCUCGCUGGCUUGUAGAUUGUCCGGGGCCCCUCAUCUUUCAAGUGUUGCAUUAUUUUGUCGGUAAAUUUGGCCUCAAAUUCUCUUGAAGUGUGGUCUUUUUGCAACUUCAGUUCCAUUUUGUAAUUAAAACUUGAAAAGAGCGCCAUUGGUGGAUUGCAUUUAUACCGUCAGCCUAAAUUUGUGACUGUAUAUUGAUACAGUUGAACCUUCAUUAAUGGCCACUUCUUUAUGACAGCCAUUCCCCCCCACCCCCGGUGGACAGUUCACAUGUCGACUCUGGUUUAAACCUCUCCACAACAGAAACCGGGCCACCAAGGAGCAUUCCCAACUGCGAAAAUAACCUCAUGACAAUAGCCAGUUGUUACUAAAAGUCACAAGUGGUCACAAAAUUUGAUCUGUAUGGCGUGUCAGUGACUAAUUGCAGCAAGUCUUUCAAUUCAUUUAAGAUUAAAAGUGUAUACACAAUAUGUAUACAGUACUAACAUGAACCUUUCAUUUAAACAUCGUACUUAGAAUACACCUCAGUCUGAGGAGUAAGUUAACAAAAUUUUUUUAUUGCUCAUUUAAUGUAAGUUAGACUAAAACUGGGUAUCGCUAGUCGCUAAUUUGGGUGCUUUUAAUCCGGUGCAUAGAAAUGCGUGUGAGAAAGUGGAAACAAUUCUUUCCACAAACAUUGUAAAACGGAUGCUGCAGUUAUCAACAUUUAUUUUGUCCACUGAACAUUGCAUUUCUAUAUCUAUUUUAAUGAUAUGCUUAUUUUGAUUGUGUGCCAUUAUAAUGCUGCAGCAAGCAUACGUACAAUAGUUCAGGGNGCUAAUUUGGGUGCUUUUAAUCCGGUGCAUAGAAAUGCGUGUGAGAAAGUGGAAACAAUUCUUUCCACAAACAUUGUAAAACGGAUGCUGCAGUUAUCAACAUUUAUUUUGUCCACUGAACAUUGCAUUUCUAUAUCUAUUUUAAUGAUAUGCUUAUUUUGAUUGUGUGCCAUUAUAAUGCUGCAGCAAGCAUACGUACAAUAGUUCAGGGUGUGCCAAUUAACCUGUCUGAUUGUCUAGGACAAGUAGAAAUUUAGUUCAGAUAUUUAAACCUUUGACAUGACUUGUGAAUGGGACAAGCACAUUUUUAAUAGGAACAAUUCAGAAACAGUAGAAAAUGGACUUUCCUUUUACUCUGUAGUUAUAGCAAAUGUUGCAAACCUUGCCAUUUUGUCUUGCUGGCAUUUUGAUUCAGUCAAAACAUGAUUACGUGUAAUAUGUUUUAUUGUGUAUAAUUUUGUAUUAAUUAAUUUGUUUAUGAUUGGAUUACCAUUAUAUGCUACAGGGAGCAAGAACUUGGCACAAUAAAUAUGUUGUAUUCCCCGAAAAAGAAAAGAUACAGUAAAACACGUACCAUAAUAUAACACCCCUACUUCCCCACAAUGGCCACCUUCUUCUGUCUCCAAGGUGGCUAUUGUGGAGAGGUUCAACUGUAUCUGUACUUGUUUUUAUUUCAAUUUUUUCUCUCACAGAUACAAACACAAGUUGAAACAACUGAAGAUCAGAACGAUCAUGAAAACCCUCCCAGACGUUGGGUAUCCACAUGCACGAACAGUUCAGGAGACUCUGGAAAACUUUAUAUCAUCUGCAGAUGAUGUCGUUAAAGUAGAGCAUGUACCUGAAAGGAAGUAUGGAAAAGACCGCUCUCACUCCUACAGUCAUGAAUACAAGUUGGUAAGUUGAUAACAUUAAAGUGUUAAAUAUACAGCUGGUUCUUUAUAUACUCUAUGUAUUUUAUGUAUUUUAGUUAUUGUGGUUGCCCCACAUGGGGCUGUACCGCUUGAAGAGCACUUCAUACUUUUUCGUUUUGCUCUAAUCUGUUGCUUCCCUUUAAUUUUUCCUACUGUAGAUUUUCUUGACAACUCUGUCUUAUGAUGAGUUUAAUUAAUUUUUAAAUUUAUCAUUAAUGUUCUAAAUAUGGGUAAAUUAUCACUGCAGGACGUUGUGUCAGGUGCCGACAAAAUGUGGGAAUUAAUGAGCAGUAAUGAUAAAAAAUUUCCGAUGACUCAUGAUGGUAAGUUUUAUUAUUGCAAAUACAAUAUGAUCUCAUUUGAACGGUAAACAGAGUAAUUGCACAUAAUGAUAUUAAUCAGAUAACUCGCUAAUUUUAAAAGCAUGCCAAAUGAGAUUAUUUUAUAUGGUUACACGAGAGUAUGCCUGUUAAACAACGUAUUAAAAUGACAUGGGAUGCAUUGUCAUAAUCGUUUGUUGAAGCGAAGUACCAAGCUUUUAGAGAAAAAAAAUCCACUUUUCAGCAUCAAACAACCCAAUCUGGCAAUUAAUGUAAAAUCAUGUAGAAAAAUCGGCAGAAGGCGAUUUUUAGGGUUUUUCAGGAUUAAGAUAAUUCUCAGGGUACUUUUUAAAACCAAGCACUUAUCAGGGAUAGGGUUGUGGCUUUGAAUGUUUACAAUGCGCAGUGGCCUGCUCCAAACACCACACCAAUGGAGCCAAACAUCAGCAUCAAUGAUAGGCCACUGGCAGAUGUCGACAGCUCUAAGCCCAUGGGCGGCCGUCAUCUUGAACGAUGGAUUCCUGCACACAUGGUCUACUAAAAGAACAAUUUCAUUACAUGGAGUAAUACUGACUUCCAGUUGCCACCGUUUGAAUUUUCAUAAAUUUUAUGACUUUAAGUGCUGUUGAAACGACCGGCUUUGAAAAACAGAAGUCCAAGACCUAUGGUGUGUUUCCGUUUCCAAUACUUAAAAUAAAGGCAAAUUGGUUUUCACUUUGCUAAAUGUUCGUGUCAAGGCUUCUGUACACUUGGGCAAAUAAGAUAAGUCAAUAUUCAGGAUCCUCUUUGGGGACAUAGGUGCCUUAUCAACACUCCCCACUACAAUGUAAUGGCAUGCAGGACAUGCAGAUUAUGCUGAAUAUACCACUAAAUACUCUUAGGCCUGUUUCAAACGUUGUGCUACUGUCGCGCCAAACUCAAUGAAUUUGGCGCGGCAGGGGCGCGACGUUUGAAAUCAUUCAGUUUAGCAACUUGAAUUUAGUUCGACACGGCAAUUAAAUUCGACAUGGCAAAGCUCGGUCCAAACGUCAUACUAUUACCGUGCCAAACUCAAUUCAUAAAUUAUGAAAAUGUGUAUGUUUAAGCGGAAGUGCUUUGACUCUUCUGCACCUGACAGUGACCUUUCUUUAUUUUGAAUUUUGGUGAGUGAAUUAAAUUCGACGUUUGAAACCAUUUCCGUGCUAUUGCCGCGCAACUUCCAGAUCAAAUUCAUUUGAAUUGGACACGGCAAUAGCGCGACGUUUAUUUUUUCUUCAGAAAAAAAAAUUGGGAAAAUGCAGAUUUUUAGGCCUGGUUUAUUACUGUAGUGGUGUCUCUUUAUAUUUACCCCCUCAUUCGCAUAGCUCCCUGAAAUAGAUGUGAUUUCAAUUCUUAAUUGCAGGGUACUUCAAAAUUUAUCAACUACAAAGUCCAGUUUUGACCGGAUUUGAUUAUUUAUUGAUUGAUGAGGCUCAGGACUGUACUCCUGGUAAGAAUUGAAGACCAAUUUUACAUAUUCUUCGUCUGUUUUAAAUUUCAAGCGAGAAACAUUUUGUACAAAUAUGUACAUACCUUAAAGUACUACUUAUAAGUUCCCCUUGGUUUUCAGCCCUGAUCCACCUGUCAACAGAAAAAUGCAUCCAAUUAGAAGCCCCGGACAAUUUUUUUUUGUUUGAUUGAUAUUCAGAACAUUAAGAAAACUUUUUGUGGAAAGCCUGUUACUACCACUUUAUGCACUUUAUGCCUGGCUAGCACCCCUUUAAAACCUCCGAUUUUAUUAGACCCCUAUAAUAUAUCACAACUCUUUUGUUUUGAGGCUAGGUUGAAGGCUUUGGUGCCUUGAUACAGCUGGAAGGCGCCUCACAGGCAACUUUCAUAAUAAUGACGCAGGAUACAUCUUAGCAAGGGACUCUUUUUUCAGUAGAGUAUUUGCCAUUAUAAAGAACAUAUUAUUAAGAUAGUUACUUCCAUGUGAUUGUCGUUAGUUUCGAUUUUGUUCCGAAUAUUGGAUUGAAUUCUAUUAAUAAAUGAAAACGAGGGAUAUGAAGAACGUCUUUCUAUCAAUAGUGCUGUAGCUGUUUUCGAAACAUUUUUUUUAUUAUUUCAAUUAAUUCAUCUGAAAGCCCUUAUAAAGUUGUAAAAGGCCAAUGCUUAUUAACAAUAAUUUAUGGUGUUUGUAAGCUGUGUACAGUAAAGUAAAAUCGUCAAUACAAGAACGCUUUGGAUUAAAAUCUAUAGUCUCAGAUAGUGUGGCACUUAAACUUACUAUGUAAGUCAAUUAACCUUCGCUCACCCUGUAAUUUCACAAUUUAUUUUUCAAUAUUGUGCAAAAAGAAAGUGCGCAUGCAAUUUUCGUAAAUGUUGGCCAUGUACCACCUUGUUGCUGCAUUUAACGGACAUAGAAAACUCCUGUUGGCAGGAACGUUUCUGAGAACCGUGAUAUACCUUUUUUUUUCAACUUCUUUUAUUUAAUUAACUGUGCUCUUUCAUCUGUAGCUGCCUCAGCCUUUCUUCUAAGCCAGAAGUGUACAAAGAUUUUGGUUGGUGAUCCCCACCAACAGAUUUAUUCAUUUCGCGGAGCAAGAAAUGCUCUCCAGGAGGUGGAGAGUUCAAACACUUUCUAUCUGACUGAGGUCAGUGGUUUAUGCCUUUGAUAAUUUGAAUAGUGUCCGAGUUUAAAAGACACGACACACUAGGCUAGAAUGUCGCUGCAACAGGUGUCUGCGAUAAAACUGCUCCUAAAGCAUAAGGUGGCAGAUCACGUCUUUUGUCUUUUUGUCCUAGACGUUUUCCCGAUUUUUUUCCCCUGUAACAGCUCGCAUAAAUUCAAAGGAGUUGGAAUUUGUGUCUUAUAAUAUCAAACAUUAACUGUUCUCUUCCGUGGUGGUGCUUUCUCAGAUAAGAAGCGUCCUCUCAUUAGGGCCACUUAUACAUCAUAAGCCUGUACACAGAUGUUAAAAAAACGGCACAUUUUGUCUGAAAUAAGAAGCUUCAUAUCUAAGAACAGGUGUUAAAGGCUGUGUUAAGGACAGUUUGCGUCUUAUUUUUCCCUUUGUUAAUGGCCCUAUUGUCUCUCUAUACCCAGGUGUAUAUAUACGCGUUCGUGAGAACGUGUCCUAUUAUUGGUGUUCCUGUGGUACAAAGCCACAAAUUUUGUACUGCCGAUUAGCCGCCGCUACUGAUUUUAUUAGGGGAAUCUCGGCCGGGAAACAUGACUCCUUUCGACUCGAGUGACGAAUGCGGAUCCUUAAUCAAUGAUGACCUCUAGUUCAGCAAGCGUGAAGAUGUCUGGAUGUCUGCGUUUGUAUUGACCAAUUCAUGAAAGUUGACGUCAAUUUAAAAUAAAACAAGGAGGCCACUGCGGGACCAGCGCAGAAAAUCCUGAGAGGGCAAAAUCUGCCCAUCUUUGCCGCUCAGGUAGCCAAUCAGAACGCAGGAUUCACUUCAUUUUGCCCACCCGCGGUUAAGCCAUAUAUUAAUAAAUUUGGUACAAGUUACUUAUUACUAGAUGGAUUAGCAUCCCAUUUAGAAAGGAGAAAUUAUCUUUUGACUUUCAGUCUCUUUAUGCAACUAAAACUACAGCUUUAAGCUCCUGCAGUUAUGUAAGAACUUUCCCUUUUUUCUGUUAAAAGGAUAGCUUUUGUACUCGCAUUGUUUUAUACAAGUUUGUUAGUAAAAUUUAUGUUGUGGUUGUUGGUUUUAAGUCUUUCAGAUUCGGUCCUGAAAUAGCCCAUGUGGCCUCCAGUGUGUUGAAAGCACUAAAGGAUAUUCAGGAGAAGACUCUUGAGGGGGUAGCUGGUGAAGGUGAAUGCCAUUUUGUUUCUUUUAAUUUUCUUCACUCUUCGCUUGUCUUUAAUGAAAAAGAAAUUUGGAAGGAUGACAUUGUUGUUGUAUUCAUGCUCAAAUUCAAGAUCAGCCAAUUGGUUGUGUUUACUCUUAGUAAAGAAAUAGAAUGCUCCCUUUUUCUAAUUGAAGGGGACCGACGCCAAAUUAUUCUAGCUGAAAACAUGUCAAAAUUGUACAUCAGUAGGCUGCCUAAAAUGGGUACAAUUCCAUAAUUUGGUGUUGGCUUCUUUUUAAAAUCCUAUUCCCCGUUUUACACACACCUGGACAGUUUUCUUUCUCUGGAAUCGAGGCCCCUGAAUUUUCGUGUAUUUAUACACGCGUACAGCCUGCGACUGGUCGUCGCUAACACGCGUACUAAGUCAAUUCAGAAACAAGUAAAAAGUAUCGACGUCGAUAAAGUAGGAAGUAAAAACCAUUUAGCGAGUAAAUCCGUUUCGUUUCGUGUACAAUUAAUCGCCUCCUCAUUUCUCGAGCUAAUCUUCAAGCAAGCGAGACUGAAUGCCGCUGUUAGCGGCUUCUUGUUUUUACUCCUUACAUGGGUUGUUUUUACUCUUUUUGGAGUUACUUAAACUCUGAAAGUGGAGUAAAAAUUUUAGGUACAGGAUAACUGGGGUGAUUUUUACUCCUGAAAAAGGGUUCUAUAAACUCUUUUUUGGAGUUAAAAUAACUCUCCCAAAUAACUCCACUGUAAGGAGUUAAAUGAACCCCAUUGGAGGAGUUAUUAUAACUCCUUAAAAAUUACUGUGUGAGGUUUGAUAACUUUAAACGUGAGCCUACGGCUCUGGAGACUGGGUAACCACUCCCUAUGUAUUUGACGUUAAGUAAUGUUUAACUUUUUACCUUUUAUACAUCUAAAAAUGAUGUCUUUUUUAAAAAAGCUUUUCAUUCAAUUUCUUGUAUCCUGCUAACUCAAAACCCACUCGUAGACAGUACACACAUUUUACCAUUACCCCAUACAGGUCUCUCUCAAAUAAUGUAACCCACGUAAGCCACUGGGUUUGAAUUUUUAAAUUUUCUUUAUAAUAAAAGUUUGUUCCACCCAGGGGUUCAACUGUGUAGAUUUUCUGUUUAAGAUCUGUCUUGUUGUUGUUGUUGUUUUUUUUUUAGUUCUUGAUGAGAAGUGUAGUAAACAGUUGAACGUAAUUACACGAACAAAUUACACAUUGUUUAAUGAAGCUGCCAGUGUUUGCCAUGCAAAAGAGGACGUCAAAGUUGGCUUCAUUGGGGUAAGGGCAACAGCAACUGCUUUACUGUGCUUUUCAGAAACGUGCGAACUCUGACGUUUGCAUUCUUUGCUGCCGGUCAGUCAUCCUAGCGGACUUCUUAGAAAACAGAAGUUUACUACGAGGGGAUUCAAAAGUUCAUAGUUUGUGAUUGGUGGAUUUCGAUCCGUUUUGUUCGCUUGUGAUCGUAAUUAUGAUUGACAGGAGCGAAAAACGCAAUUGUACGCGGAUUUUACUUUUCAGAGUGCGCGUGUUAUUGAGAAGCGCACUAAAGCUGAUGCAUUAAGGAGAAAUGGAUGAAAAUCUCAUCUUGGCCCAUAACCAUUGUCUCCUCGCGGAGAGGCGUUUCAUGCGAAUAAACUCUUUGUACCAGUCUUAUGCAGAGUAAAAAAUAAUAUGUUUAAAAGCAAUUGUCAAACAUAGAAAAGAAUGUUUCAUCAGGAUAUCCAACACCGAAAAGUGGGCUGAUAAUACGAGGCACAGCCGAGGUCUAAUUAACCGACUUCUAGGUGUCUGGAAAUCAGAGGAAACCCUUUUUUCUGUUUUUUGAUAGCCUCUCAGACAAAUUGUUUCGUGGAGAAAUUCAAAGGAAAAGUUUGCCAAACUUUGCCUCGGUGCCUUUUUUUAUUCAUUGUCUACAUUAUUUUUUUAGGGAGUAAAGAGUCUUGGUUUAGACAGAGUCCACGACAUAUGGAAGUUGCGUCGCGCUGGAAGUGAUACGGCUAAAGUUAAAAGUAAGUGAACUUAGUUUCAAGCCGUAAAUUUCCAUUUAUAGUGGCACAGCUAUUGCCACCUUUCGUUUUACCUUUGGAAGGGCUUUAAGUGUAGACUUUACCAAAACUUCUUUGUGACCUCAAAUGAAAAAAAAAAGUGUGUGGGAUAAGAAUGUUAACCACCGAAAAAUUGCAUGUUUAUUUGAGUAAUGGCCAUGCUAAGUCAUACAAAGUGAGUCACGUUUCCAAUUUUCUUGGCUUGUCUCACAAUGACGUUUCGUUGACAUUGCGGACGACACAUCAACCGACUUAUGGUGAUCGACAUAUCAUCCAUCUUUACUUAACAACGAAUCCGGGCUUUUAAUCCGGAAACGGAUAUUUUGUUUCUUUACUAAAAUAAACAAAACGGAUUAUUGAUCCACAUGAUCCACAGCGGAGGUGGAUUCUUUGGAUCAUAACCAAAACAGCCGAUACUUUGGAUACAUGAUCCGAAGCGUUUCUUCACUAUGGACCCGAAAUGAGUGAAUACUGCCAGCGGAAACUCGACACAAUUUUAAUACAUACAUCAGCUGGUUGAUAGCCUGUGGUGCAGGCGUUUUCUUUGAGCGCGCAAUUUGCUCGCGAAAGCGCCAUGUGGAAACUUCCCGAAGAGAGGAGGAGAUAAGGCAAGUAAGGGUUACUAUUUCUACUCUCCCCAAUCUUCCACUGUCAUAAAAUCAAAGAUGGCGGCUACAACAAUAUUACGAACACGAGCAAGGUUUCGCCCACCCAAAAUACGCCUGUACUGCAAGCUAGCUGUUUGACUGCACUGUUCAUCUUUACAGCCAAGCCGAGACGUGGAUGAAACGAUUGAGUUUAUCCGUUUUAUGGGAGUGGUAAAAUACAAACAGGACCCACAUUGUUCUAGUUCAAAAGGACAAACCUUCAACACAACUUCGCCUCUCUCGUCGAUAUUGUGGGUCGUUUCUAUGGAAAUGAAUAACGAAUAAUACAUUUUUGGAUACAUCGUUUCUAGUUUCUAAACGAAAAAUCCUAAUGAUCUGAAUUUUUGAUCUGAUCUUGGAUUUUAGUAAAGAGACGCACCCUUAGAUGACUGUAAUUUAUAGAUUAAAAGAAGAGCAAACAAACAAAUGUUUCAUCAAAUGUCCAUUAGAUGUUUUGAAACGAAAACAGAGCCUGAUGUGAGGUGAACAAAAUAGAAGUGAACUGUGGCCAUGUUCUAUUCGACGAGCAUGUUGUAUAUUAUACGAGCUGUAAGUUGUUUUAUGACUAUACUUUCGUUUACAUUUCACAGCUUUGGAUAUCAAGGAUAAAUUAAUAAAGCAUUUUGGCACUUUUCCGGCACUUGAAAAAUACGCCAGAGAUGCUCCUGAUCCUGAGCUUCUUUCAAAGAUAAAGGUAUGGGUAUUAAUUUUUUACUUAGCCUUCUCAGGAGCCUAUUACUUUGCUCCACCUAUACCGGGGUGUCUAAUCGAACGGAAUCGAACCAAAAACCAGUCGAAUUCAAUCGAGCGUGAUCAGUCUUUUAAUUUCGUUUGAAUUCGAUUUUGUACGAAUUCGAUCCACCUCUUGACGCCAGAAUUUUACCCCCAGGAGUAAACAUAAUGAUGAACCUGUAUAAAAUGAAUCAAUUUAAAAAAACAACUGUCCUAACGAUUUACAAAGCGACUACUCGAACCGGGCACUUCUUUGGAAGACGAUUAUCCUGUCAUACCGUUUUUUAAAAAGCAAAGAUUCUCAAGAGUUUUUGCAAAUAAACCAAUAUUAUCCUCAAUCUAUAAAUUUGAGGGCUGUUGCCUGAGAGGUCAGGUUAGUUGUUUCAACGGUUGCAUAGUUGACCUUAAAUUUUAUUGGUCCGUUUGCAAAAAAACCCCCUGAGAAUCUUUUGUUUUCAAAAAACGUUGUGAUUGGAUAAUCUUCUUUCAAGUGCCCCGGUUCGGAUAGUCGCACAGAUGUCAAACAGUCGCUGUACAGUAGUUUGGUAACAGUUGAAUGUUGCAUUAUGGCACGAUCUAGCUUGGGGCGUGACCUCGGACUGUCCAAGAACAGGUUAGGUCUGAUAAAAUUCCGACCGUUCUUUGAUCGAACGUUUUAACUUGUGAUGUCGUAAUCUCUUACCCAGAUCUCUUACUGACAAAGCCUGCUUCGUCAAAAAGAGAUCUGGGUACGAGAUUAGUAAUUUCGGAAAAAGGCGUCUGCUCUCCAAGGCUAAUGGAACACGAAAAUUAAACGAACAUUUCAGCAAACUAUCGGCUUUUGACUGAGUUACUCUAGACACUCCUUACAUGUCAGGGGUUUAAAAAGAACAAAUUCCGACUUUCUUCAGGAAGACAAGUUUUUUUAUCGAGUCCACAUGGACUUUUGCAGUAAGUAUGGCUAAAAUAAUACAUUCUGUUGUGUCAGAUGUCGAAGCUUGUACUUCAAACAGACAGUUGGAGUGGCUGCUGGGGAGAGGUGUUCGAAUUCAAAAGGUUGUCACACGCGUAAUAGUAUGUUGUUCGAUUUGAAAACGGUGGCUGCUUUUUACUGCAGGUAGAAGUGUAAAACUGCAGCGAACGAAUCUUUGUUAAUGAUUGCUUUUGCUUUCCGUUUUGGUGCUUUUCGUAGAUUGUAGAGAUGCAUGAGGAAAACUUGGACGAAAUCGUUCAAUUGUUGAAAUCCAAAGCUGUCAGGAAAAAUCACAGUGCAGGUUAAUAUAUGUACUUAAACUUUUAAGUAAACUGGAAACGUGUAGGAACACGAUAUAGCUGAGGAAAUAAGAAGUUUCUGCGCGAUCCUUGGAACAAUUUUUGUAAAUUUGUGUAUGUCCACGCGUUAUUAACAUGGCCGUGCAGAAGUGGCCGCUAUGGAAUAUUGAUAACUGGACUGAAUAUUUUCUAGGGAACAAGCUGACUAAGAUUUGGUUCGCCAGUUUCGCCAUUUCCGCCAUUGCAUGCAUUUCUGGACAUAAGUGGCAAAGAAAGGCAUUAAGCUCUCCAACCCUAGCGAGAUAAUUUAGGGUUUUGAUACAUUCUCUUUCAACAUGUUUCACUUUACUUCCAAGUUAAAGUAUCCAAAUAAAAGCAUUCUCCAUUUAUAUUUUGAGUAGGGAUCUGGAAUUUACCAAAAUUCUAAAAACGCACACCGCUUGGUCUUGGAAAACCACGGCACCAGGGAUUUCCUUAAAAAUUUCCCCAAUAGCGCAUCACCGCAAAUCCUUAGGCCUCCCUUGAUAGAUGUGGCGGCCAUGACGUCAUGUGAAAACAAUCCAUAUUAUACGCAAGUUUAUUUCCGUUGACCGUCAAUCGAAAAGACAGAGAUGUAUUUUGUUUGUUUUUUUUUUUCCCAGAUGUAAUUUUUUCCACGGCUCACAAAGCAAAAGGCCUGGAAUUUGAUCAUGUGCGUGUGGCAGAAGACUUCCUUUCUGGAUUGGACUCGGGGCUUUACCUCGGUGAGUUGACGACCGGUUCAGCUUGUGUGUGUUUUCCAUCCGCUUGUACAACAACCACCUCGUAAAGGAUAAUAGACCUUUUCGGCUUGUAUGUUUUUUCCCCCGCUUCAGACUACGUAAUGUUUUUCAAUAAAGUGUGCAUGCAUAUGUCACCGGUCAAAAUUAAAUACAGAUUAGAAUUUUUCAACCUAAGUUCAUUCGUAAUUUACGUUGUCUCCUAGCCCUUAUUCAUGAAUAAUCAGGGGUAGGAAACAUAUAUACAGUAGGAUAAGAUGACAUUUGGAAGAACGUCACUUGGUCUGAAAUAGGAAAACAAAACAUACAAGCUAAGAAGGUCUAUAAAGUGCAUCGAAGAACAUUUUAGUAAUCUUAAUUGUGGUGGUCAAUCCAACUAUUUCAUCCACAAACCAAUUCGUUGAACCACCAUGUUCAGUCAACCCCCAUAUGGCGGACACCCAUCUUGACGGCGAGUUAGGUGGCCUGGAUAGCAAGGGUCCGCAAUAGCGGGGUGCGAAAAGAAUUUCGCUUAAAAGCAUUUGCAUUAGUGGGCUAUCAUGCAUUUACAUUUACAACAGUUUUGAUUGAUGCGCAACGGAAGAAUCCGUUAAUCCAACCAAAACGAUGCAUAUGAUAAAAAAAGAAAACAGAUGAAAUAUUUUUAGUCAUGUCUGAAUGCUGAAAGAUGUCGCUCGGUAGAACAAUGAUAAAAUGGAGUUGUUGGGACGUUAAAAGUGGCCUUAACGGGAGUUGUUUUUAUUUCUGGUGUCGUCGUUGUAAUUGUUUUUUUUUUUUUCAGUCCAACAUCUGUAAGUUAUCCCUAUUCUAGGUCUUCUAGGGAUGUCCAUCUGAGCGAAGGAAUCGAACCCGCGGCCUCUUCCUCAAUAAGUCAAGCGCUCUGCCGACCGAGCUAGUCUAGCCGCGGUCGGACUUAAAGUUUAUCCUUAAAUUUGUAAUGCUAGUUAUUUGAUUAACGUUUUUAGACGAACUGGAGGAUGAUGAAAAGAACCUUUUGUAUGUAGCGGUUAGCCGGGCCAAGAAGUCCCUUAGACUCAGCCAGAAAAUUGUGAACCUCAUACACUUACAAAAGGUACUGAGUUUAAUUACUAUGCUGAGUUGUGAGUUGUUGCUUUUUGGUUGUUUGUUUCCUCUCCAAAUGCAGCACGUAUUUUCUAAAAAAGAAGGUCAACUCAAGUCCGUGUUCAGAAUUUCUUACCUUUGCGUAGCGUCUUCGAAUCGUUCAAUUCUAGCCUUAAACAUCAAAGAGAUAUUAUACCUGAAACUAUGGCCAGGUGGCUGUGAAAUGUUGUUAUCCCGCUCGAGAUAAGAAACUUAUUCUUUGUCGUUGCAAAUUUUCGUUUUUGUCCAUCCACAUGUACGCGUUCGAGAGAAGGGCGUUUUCAAUUACUUCCUGACUCUGGAGAGUGUUUUAAGGGACCGUUUUGUUCGAAUACGCGUGAACAGAAGGGCAAUCUGGAGAAAAACGAUCCUUUUUCAAGUAAAAAUGAAUGCCUGUGGAGGUUUUUGUUUGGCACAGCCGAAGUGAAGUAACCACAAAUAUCACACACCCACACAUGUGUUAUACUCUUUUUACCAGUCCUGUAUUGCAGGAGCAAGUUCUUUUUGUAAUUCCAGCUUCCUUUAUUUACAGCCCUGUGUCAAGUGUAAGAGCCAAGUUGUAGAAGAACUCAUCGUUUCGGUAAGUGGUUUGAACAUUUUGUUUUUAUUUAUUUUUGUUUUACAGUUGCUAUAGUAACUGAAACACUUUGCAGUCAUAUCUUGUCGGUAAUCUCCCUGGACUGAGUAAUAAAAGUGAUAAUUCUGAUUCUGAAGGCCAGAUAGAAAUUACUUUACGAUUCAGUGUAAAUAAGGAGAGUCUAUAAUCCUCAAGUCGUUGCUAGCAAUUAUAUCUAUUUUCAUUGUUUCUAGUCAAAAGAAACUUUGGAAAAAGGGAUAAUUGUGAUCAUAGUCGUGGUACUACAUAUCAUGAAGGUGAAGUUUGACCUGUUGCGUCGAAAAACCACUAUUCUUGAUGCAAAAAAAUUUGCGCUCCAUUUUCUCUUUGAGUCAGACUGUCUAGUGAUCGCCGGACGUGCUAUAUUGGCUAAUCCGCCUCUGUGUAAGAAUCUUUAGAACUCACGGCUAACGUAAAGCAAAGAAAACAAAGAAAUCAACGUAGCAGUGGUUGAGAGAACUUAAGGGACACCACAAAGAAAACGUACACAGUUUCAUGCACCGUUUUACUUUUUCAAUCGGUAAGGAUAUAAAUCAGUGUCAACCAAGUUCAUACACCUGUGAGAACCAAAGGCUGGAUUACACAUACUUCCUACGACGUGUAUACAGGUCGAAAGCGAAGGCGAACAAAAAGUGAUACAGAAAUAAGGGUCUCACGCACAGCUGCGCAGAUCAUUCUUUGAAUGACAAACGGAUGCUAUGUAUUGCCAUUGGACGGGGUCCAAUGUAAGACCUACAAUGCAAGCCACUUAGGCCCGGUUGAGACGCCGAUCUUUUCAUGAGCCGAACCGAAUUCGAAUUAAGGCCGACCCAAAUUAUUUAGACCGGCUGAAUUGAUUCAGACGCCGAUCUUAACUGCCGCUGAACUAAGUUCAAAAGGCGAAAAAUGCUUAUUUCAGUCAAACUGUUUACAAAAUACGCUAUUUUAACUUAAGCAUUAGGUUCGGUACAUGAAAAGUUCGGCGUCUGAAUCAAAGUCGUUCCAUAGGCGAAAUUCCUGGCCGGGCUAGGAGAAAAGAACGGCUGAGCCGUUCCAAAUUGAAUUGGUUUGGCUCAUGAAAAGUUCGACGUCUGAACCAGGCCUUACACAGACACGUGAAUUGCUGAUCAUUAGUUUUACGUGUUAUUACAAGAGGCACUAAUGAGACAAGAGUUAGUUUUUCUGAUUACCAAUUUAAGAGUGUACUUUUUAAUUGCUAGAAGUAGGAGAAUUUUUAGCGAAUAUGGCCACCCCAUCCUUUUUUGGACUUCGUUCGUUUACUCAUGCUUUUUUUUAUCAGGAAAUUACUUCCAGUUAUAGCUAGUUUAUUUCGUUGAGUCUGCAGUUUCAUGCUGUGGACCUUCAUCUUAGUCACUGAUAUUCUACCUUGUUUUCUAGGGUGAAGGAUUCUUUUGCCGCUCCUGCGCCCGGUCGAAUUUUCCUUACCUGGAAUCUCUCGCAUUGGAACAAUCAGCGUUCUGCACAUUCAGUCCAAAACUUAACCCUGUCGGCGCUACCAGGGUAGACUUUGAAGACUUUUAAAUGUAGUUCUAGUUCUAACUUUUGAGUCUGUCUUCAAAAUCAAAAAUCAGUUUAUGGAACGACAAUUUAUUUCAAAC